GGAAGAGGCGGCGCACAAGUCAGAUCUGGCACAUGUUUUCCGCGGAGGGGACAGUGCAAUGACGGUAUGAUAGUGACCUCUUCUCUGGUGAGAGCCUGAGGAGAGGCACUCUUUUCUUACCAUGAGCGUCACCCCAGAAGUCAAGAGUCGUGGGUUGAAGUUUGCUGAGGAGCAGCUGCUAAAGCAUGGAUGGACUCAAGGCAAAGGCCUGGGCCGGAAGGAGAAUGGUAUCACCCAGGCCAUCAGGGUGACACUGAAGCAGGAUACUCAUGGGGUGGGACAUGACCCUGCCAAGGAGUUCACAAACCACUGGUGGAAUGAGCUCUUCAACAAGACUGCAGCCAACUUGAUAGUGGAAACUGGGCAGGAUGGAGUUCAAAUAAGACACCGUUCUAAGGAGACCACCAAUCAGAACCGUCCCAAGCCCAACUUGCUGUAUCAGAAGUUUGUGAAGACAGCUACACUGACUUCAGGCGGGGAGAAGCCAGACAAGGACUCGGAAAGCUGCAGUGAUGAUGACAAUCAGGGGCCCAUGACCCCCAAAAUUCUGACUGACGAGAUGCUGCUCCAAGCCUGCGAGGGGCGAACAGCACAUAAGGCUGCCCGUCUUGGGAUCACCAUGAAGGCCAAGCUUGCUCGGCUGGAAGCCCAGGAGCAGGCCUUCCUGGCUCAUCUCAAAGGCCAGGACCCUGGGAACCCUCAACCACAGUCUGAGAAUAAGCCCUCCAAAAAAAAGAAAAAGAAAAGGAAGCAAAAAGAGGAGGAAGUCACUGCAGUAACUGAAAGGAAUGAGGAAGAAAAGUAUCCAGAACACACUGACCAGAGCAUCAGGAAAACCAAGAAAAAGAAAAAGCGACAUCAGGAAGAAAAGGUCUCAAAUGAGAGAGAGGGAACUGUGGGCAGUGAGGAGGAAGAUGAUGCAGGAAUUCUUGGGGAAUUGAAGAGCAGAGAACAAAAUGAUCAGCCCCUCAGGAAAAAAAAGAAGAGGCAGCAGCAUGAGGAGGAGGUGGAAGUCUUAGAUAAAAGAGGAGGUGGUAAGGAGGCUGCAGGUGGUAUCAGGACAGAGUGGGUGGAGAGCAGAGCAUCCAAAGAUCCAUGCAGCAGAACUAAGAAGAGGUGGCAGCAUGAGGAAGAGAACUUGACAAUACAGGACAAAGAAGUUAAGGAGGCUGUUGUAGAUGGUAGUACCAGGGAAGCAAAGAGCAGAGCAUGCAGUGACCUGAGAAGCAGGAAAAGCAAGAAGAAAAGACAGCAGCAUCGAGAUGAGGCCUUAGAUGUAAAGGAUGAAGGAGAGGAGGAGACUGUAGUGGAUGGCAGGACUAGGGAAACAAACAUUGGCCUCAGCAGCAGAGCUAAGAAAAGGAGGCAGCAGCAACCAGAGGAGGAAAGAGCUGGAGUCAACACUGGCCAGAGAGCUCAAAAGAAACAGAGGAGAGACUGAAGCUCAAUCAAUUCCUUUUCAGGAGCUGGAAUCUUAGAGACCUGGGAAGAUGCAGUUCUUCUGACCUCCUUUCAGUGAGGAGUCCCUCCCAAGGAGGAAAGUGAGCUCUGGAGCACCAGUCUGUCGAGAGGAGAAUGGGGGAGCAGGUGCAGUCCCCUUUGCAGCUUCUAUCCCAGAGACUAUGAACUCAAGUACCUACAGGACCCAGGCAGCUAAAGGGCAAGGAGUGCUGGGGGUCAUGGGGAACAGGAACACAGAAACCCAUUGAAGGGUCACCUCUGCUAAGAGAAGCUGGAAAUAUACUUAUGUGAAAUGUUCUGAUUUUUAAAUAUUAUGCAGGCUAAAGAAAACAUACAAAUUUAGAUCUAUGGGCUGAAUUCAGCCCACAGGUUGCCAGUUCCUAUACCAGAUAAUUGAAUAAACAUCAGCGUGUGUUUCUAGCCUA